AGUUGGCGAAGUCAUUCUCAAUUGAAAAAUAGUAGAAUCUAUCACUCUUUAGUCUUUAGAGCUCGAGCACAAAGCAGAGUGGAAGCCAUGCAGUGAUAUUUGAAGUUGCUGAAUGAGGAAUACAAGCUACACAGAUGUAUCCCUUUUGGCUUUUCCCAACUCUGUUAUACCAGUACUCGCCAGCUAUAGUAAACCCACAGAAAAAGGUCAAAAAUUGUUAGCAGAAAAAAUUGCUUGCUUUCUGAACAAUUUUUUUGCUACUUAGUAACCUCUUGUUUCUAAGCCAAUCAAGAAUCAAGAGAUUUCGAAACAAAAGCCAAAUCUUCAAGCAAAGUUACCACCUUUUUUAUUCUCCCUUUUCGCCUGUUCUCUAUCCCUUUGCCUCGUUACAUAUUCACACUUCUCUUCCAGUUCUAUUUCUACAUUUCUUUCUCUGACUGGAGAAUGUAAAUGUGUUCUUUUCUUGUCCCGUCUGAUCAAAGGAUUGUUCGGAAAGUUCUUAAUAAUGCAAUUAAAUAUUGAAAACCCAAGUUAGAUCCUAGUCUUUUAUCAUUUUAUGGUUGUCUGCAAACUAAGUUAUGGAAUUAAUUGAGUGAUAAGGAAGGUAUUGUUGAGAUUCUCCACCUUCUUCAAAAGUAAUCUUUUCUCUUUUUCUCUUUAUUUGGCUUCUACACGCUUUCUGCUGAAGAUGGAUUCUUCGAAAAUCUUCGACGAUAGUGUCUGAUUCUUGCCGCAUUUUCAUGGGACUUGCUUUCUGCAAAAGAGCCAUUGCAUUUCUUCUUUCUUGUUGGCUGCUUUUCUGCGUUGCAUGCUCAGUGGAGGGACUGCAUGAAGAUUCAAAAGUAAGAGGAGUGAACUUGGGUGGUUGGUUAGUAAUAGAAGGGUGGAUAAAGCCUUCUCUUUUUGACGGAAUUCCCAAUGGAGAAAUGCUUGAUGGAACAGAGGUGCAAUUAAAGUCCGUGAUGUUGCAGAAGUAUGUCUCAGCUGAUAAUGGAGGUGGGAUGAAUGUUACAGUUGAUAGAGAUACUCCUUUAUCAUGGGAAACUUUCAGGUUAUGGAGAGUCUCUGAAUCAAUCUUUCAGUUUCGUACUUCUCAAGGCCAAUUUCUGACUUGCAAUGGCAGUGGAAGUGUGGUGACUGCCAGUGCAGAAUCAGCUUCUGCUACAGAAACCUUUUACCUUGAGAGAAACAAGGAGAAUAGGAUUCACAUUAAACUUAAAAGUGGAACUUAUCUCCAGGCUUCAAACUCGAACCAGCUCACAGCAGACUAUCCUGGAACACCUGGUUGGGAUGAUAAUGCUGCCACAUUCGAGAUGACCAUAACAGCAAAUAACCUGCAUGGUGAUUACCAGCUUGCUAAUGGAUAUGGGUACAAUAAGGGAAAAGAGGUUCUUAAGAAGCACAGAAACACAUUCAUCACCAUCGAAGAUUUUGACUUUCUGUACAGAAAUGGGAUAAAUACUGUUAGAAUACCAGUUGGUUGGUGGAUAGCUUUUGAUCCCAAUCCUCCAGCUCCUUUCAUUGAUGGCAGCUUGGAAGCUCUCGAUAAUGCAUUUUCAUGGGCUCUAGCCUACAGCAUAAAGUGCAUAAUAGACCUUCAUGCCGCUCCAGGCUCACAAAAUGGAAUGGAACAUAGUGCCAGUAGGGAUGGUACAACAGGGUGGUCGUCUCCAGAUUUCAUCUUACAAACAUUGGAUGUCAUUGAAUUCCUCGCUUCCAGAUAUGCCCAGCAUCCUUCCUUGCUGGGAAUUGAACUUCUAAAUGAGCCAUGGGCUGCCACAGUUCCAUUGGAUGUCCUUGUUUCAUUUUACGAGCAGGGAUAUCAGAUUGUUCGUAAAUACUCGUCCAGUGCGUAUGUGAUAUUCUGCCAGAGAAUUGGAGAUGCAGAUCCAUUUGAACUCUAUCAAGCUAACUUAGGCUCAAUAAACACAGUAGUUGAUUUGCACUACUACAAUAUGUUUGACCCAUCCUUUUCUAACAUGAGUACACUGGCCAAUAUUGAAUUCAUAUACAAGAGCAGAGAAUCCCAAAUACAAGCUCUAAACAGUGCCAAUGGUCCACUUGUUUUUGUAGGUGAGUGGGUGAAUGAGUGGAAUCAGACCACUGGAACCCAAACAGAUUAUCAAAAUUUUGGCACAGCCCAGUUAGAGGUGUAUAAUGCAGCUUCCUUUGGGUGGGCUUAUUGGACACUCAAAAAUGACAGGAUGCACUGGGAUUUUGAGUGGAACAUCCGCAACAACUAUCUUCAACUACAGCUGGGUUGUACGUCAAGCAGGCAAAUUUCAAACAUAAUCCUGUUGCUUGUAUUGGUGUGCUGCUGCUUCUUUCAACAUCAUUUGUUGUGAGAGAUGGUGUUAAAACUUCUGUUAUGGCACAAAAAUCAGUGACAAAAUCUGAAAGUAGCUUAUUCUUUGCCUGUUCUGCUCAGGCACAAGCAUCACACUCUAAUGUUUUUUUAUUAUUUGAAGGUGAUGCUGGAAAAAGAAUGUUCCAAAACCCCCAUCAACAAGGGGAAUAGUCUUGUUACAACAUUGUAGCUAAAUUUUGUAAUACACUGGAAUACAAAAUGAAAAUGCAUGCUUUUAAGUUUCUUUCAAC